AUGGGUCGAGUGGACGGAAGAAGUACCUGGAAGACGUCUCAGCAUUUUGGAUUUGGAAGUCAAAAGCCGAGUCUUGGUUAUAGCAACGAACCUGGGACACGCAGUCGCGGUACGUAUUCAGUGCGGCAUGAAACGCAUCUUUGGAGUUUGUGUCUCGCUCGAUGCGGAAUCUUGACGCUGCUUGGUCUAGCGAAGCUUAGAAGCUUCACCCAGUCGGUGAAAGCGCCACCACAGCCCAUACGGUCAAGCACCUGA